CCCGCCAGGAGCCACCCCGUCAAUGACCGCCUUUCCCGAGCCAGUUGGGCCAGCGGCGGCUCCCGGACCCGGACCAGGACCCGGACCAGGACCAGGACCAGGACCAGGACCAGGCCCGGGCCCCCCAGCCCCGCUGGACCGGACCCCCCGCCACCCCCUACCAACUUUGGCCCGAACCCCGAGCCCCGACAACGACGCCGAUCGGGGCUAGAAGUUGCCCCCCCGUUUGCGACCCCUGGCACCUCUUCCCUCCCCCCCCAAUCUUCCUCCCCUCGCCCCCAUCCCCUUCCCUCCCUUCCCCCCAUCCCGGCGGGGUCCGGCGAGGGCCGAAGUCCGGCCCAAAGUGUCCGGCGGCGGUGGGGCGGCAGCAUGCCGAGGAGGAAGCAGCAGGCACCCCGGCGCUCCGCAGCUUACGUUCCCGAGGAGGAGCUGAAGGCGGCAGAGGUCCAUGGAGACCCCCUGGAGGAGGAAGUGGACGGGCCGGCUCUGGGCAUUCAGGAGAGUGAGUUCCCGGGCCACGAGGAAUCGGAGAUCAAAGAGGCUCAGAGCUACCAGGACUCUCCGGUCAGCACCGCGACCAACCAGGAAGCAGGCUACGGGUCACCUCUCAGCGAAGGCAGUGACCAGCAGGCGCUCUUCAAGACCUCGUCGUCCAAGGAGGAGAAAGAGGAGUCCGCGGGGGCAGACGGGGCCUCCUACCCACAGGACAGUCUGGCCCAGAUCAAGGCGGUGUAUGCCAACCUGCUCUCGGACUCGUGCUGGUCCAGCCUGGCCCUGGACCUGAAGAAGUCCAGCCCCGCCGCCAGCAACUCUGGGACCAGUGGUCCGAGCGAAGGAGCCCCUGGCGCGGGCAUGGGCAGCGGCACCACGGGCACCACCACCAGCAGCAGCAGCAGCAGCAGCAGCUCCACCUCCACAGCUGGCGGGGGCGGUGGCUCGGGCUACGACUGGCACCAGGCCGCGCUAGCCAAGACGCUGCAGCAGACGCCGUCCUACGGCCUGCUGCCCGAGCCCAGCCUCUUCAGCACCGUUCAGCUGUACCGGCAGAACAACAAGCUCUACGGCUCCGUGUUCACCGGCGCCAGCAAGUUCCGCUGCAAGGACUGCAGCGCCGCCUACGACACGCUGGUGGAGCUGACGGUGCACAUGAACGAGACGGGCCACUACCGCGAUGACAACAGAGACAAGGAGGCGGAGAAGACCAAGCGUUGGUCCAAGCCGCGGAAGCGGUCGCUCAUGGAGAUGGAGGGCAAGGAGGAUGCGCAGAAGGUGCUCAAGUGCAUGUACUGCGGCCACUCGUUCGAGUCCCUGCAGGACCUGAGCGUGCACAUGAUCAAAACCAAGCAUUACCAGAAAGUGCCUCUGAAGGAGCCGGUGCCCGCCAUCACCAAGCUGGUCCCGUCCACCAAGAAGAGGGCACUGCAGGAUGUGGCUUCACCGGGCUCUCCCGAGGCCACCGGCCCCGAGGCCGGCCCAGGCCCCGAAGCGGCCAAGGAGCCCAAGGCGGCCAACCCCUACGUGACGCCCAACAACCGUUACGGUUACCAGAACGGCGCCAGCUACACGUGGCAGUUCGAGGCGCGCAAGGCACAGAUCCUCAAGUGCAUGGAGUGCGGCAGCUCCCAUGACACCCUGCAGCAGCUGACCGCCCACAUGAUGGUCACCGGCCACUUCCUCAAGGUGACCACCUCGGCCUCCAAGAAGGGAAAGCAGCUGGUCCUGGACCCCACGGUGGAGGAGAAGAUCCAGUCCAUCCCUCUUCCCCCGACCACCCACACCCGCCUCCCGGCCUCUGCUCCCAAGAAGCCUCCCGACUCACCAGCCGGGGAUGGGGCUGGGGACGGGGUCGCCGAGGAGAAGGCCAAGCCCGAGCGGGAGCAGGAGGAGCGGGUGCCUGCCACCAGCCAGCUGGAGCGGAAGAUCAAGGAGGAGGAGGAGGAGGAAGAGGAGGAGGAGGCGCCCGAGAGGUUUGAGCCGGCCACCCUCUAUCAGUACCUGCGCGAGGAGGACCUGGGCGACAGCCCCCGGGGGGGCGUGGACAUCCUCAAGUCCCUGGAGAACACGGUGAGCAGUGCCAUCAGCAAGGCCCAGAAUGGCGCCCCGGCCUGGGGCGGCUACCCCAGCAUCCACGCCGCCUACCAGCUGCCGGGCGCCGCCAAGCCAUUGCCGCCCACGGCGCAAAGCGUGCAAGUCCAGCCGAGCUUCGCGGCCGGCACCAAACCCCUGGCUGCUGAGCAUGGGGCUCCACUGCACCCUGCCGGCAGCCUCUCCCCGCCCCCGCGCCAGAGCAAUGUGUCUGCCAUGGAAGAGUUGGUGGAGAAGGUAACCGGGAGAGCCGGCGUCAAGAGAGAGGACCGGCCGGCCGACAGGGAGAAGCCGCCACCCCAGCUGCGGAAGGCCGCUUCCCCUGGGGCGAAGGAACCCAAGGACCUGCCCAAGGCCGAGGGGGCGCACGGCAAGCAGCAGCCGCCCCUACCAGGCCCCGAGGCUGAGGCGCCCGGGCCCACGCCAAACGGCACGGAGCCGCCCCCGGCCAAGCUGGCCAAUGGCUGCAACAGCCUGGGCAUCAUCACCGACCACCCCCCCGAGCCGCCCUUCGUCAACCCACUGAGCGCCCUACAGUCCAUCAUGAACACUCACCUGGGCAAGGCCCCCAAGCCCGCCGGCCCGGCCCUGGACCCGCUGGCCAUGCUGUACCGGAUCAGCACCAGCAUGCUGGACCGGCCCGCCCACCCCCCGGCUGCCGCCGCCGCCAAACAAGCUGACGCCACCGCCCCUGCCGCUCCCGCCGCCCCCGACCGCUGCUACUACUACGAGGGCAGCGACCAGCCCAUUGACCUGACCAAGGCCAAAGCCAAGGCACCAGGGGACCCUGGGUCCUCCCCCCCGCGCGAGAGCGCGCUUUUGGACAUCUCGGACAUGGUGAAGAACCUGACGGGCCGCCUGACGCCCAAGUCCUCGACGCCCUCCUCCACCGUGUCGGAGAAGUCGGACGCGGAUGGCAGCGGCUUCGAGGAGGCCCUGGAUGAGCUGUCGCCCGUGCAUAAGCGCAAGGGCCGCCAGUCCAACUGGAACCCCCAGCACCUGCUCAUCCUCCAGGCCCAGUUCGCCGCCAGCCUGCGAGAGACGGCCGAUGGCAAGUACGUGCUGGCGGACCUGGGCCCGCAGGAGCGGGUGCACGUGUCCAAGUUUACCGGUCUCUCCAUGACCACCAUCAGCCACUGGCUGGCCAAUGUGAAGUACCAGCUCCGGAGGACAGGGGGGACAAAGUUCCUGAAAAACCUGGACUCCGGACAUCCUGUUUUCUUUUGCAAUGAUUGUGCCUCUCAGUUCCGAACUGCGUCCACUUACAUCAGUCACCUGGAGACCCACUUGGGGUUCAGUCUGAAGGACCUGUCCAAGCUGCCGCUCGCCCAGAUCCAGGAGCCGCAGAGCGUGUCCAAGGUCCUGGUGGGCAAGGCCCUGGGCCCCCUGGGUCUGGCGGAGGAGGACACUGGCUCCACCUUCCAGUGCAAACUCUGCAACCGGACCUUUGCCAGCAAGCACGCGGUCAAACUGCACCUUAGCAAAACCCAUGGCAAGCCCCCAGAGGACCACCUGAUCUACGUGACGGAGCUGGACAAGCCGUAGCGCGCAAGCGCAUGGGUAUAUGCGAGAGAGCUGCCGCCGGGCCCGGAACAUUGCACUAACAGACGAGCUUCAAGGGACUGCACGGGGUCGGCCUGGGCUUCUCACAGUUGUCUGUUUUUUUUGUUGCUGACCUGUCUUUCUGGACUUUGGUUUUUCCUACACAUAUUUUGUAGUUCUAUUUAUAUGCUCCUUUGUCUGAUCUGCGCAUGGGUUCUCUCUCUCCUCUCUCUUGCCCUUUUUUAUUUUUUGGGGGGGAGGUUUAGGGUUUGUUUUUUGGGUUUUUUUUCCUUUUUUGGUGAGUCAAAGUCUGACCUUUAUUUCCAACAUCUGCUCUUGAUGCUAAGCUUAUCUUUUGUAGAAUUUAGCGGGACCCACGAUUCAGAAACGUUCAUUUAGCCGUACAGAGAGACACAAAGACAAUGAUAAAAAAAGACAUCCUAAAAUUACAAAGUUGCCAUGACAAUAAGGGUCACAGACCGUCGGAGUGGUGGUGUCGCGUUUAACCCUUCGAGAACUGUAAUAGCAUCUCUGUGCCUUUUCCCCCUCAAAGGCAUUUCGCUCAGCUCUAAAGCUGUGUCAGACACACAACUGAUUUAAUAAUUCACACCCACUAAUGAGCUUUUUUUUAUGCAGAACCGGUUUGUGAAGAAAUCCUGCAUGUCGUUGUUGGGAGAAAGAAAUUCUAUAUGGGGCUUACGGGGUUUAAGAGGCCACACAACUGUGGACAUUUCCAAAAUCGUAAUGGUCAUUAUCAGUAACAGAGUUGUCUAUAUAUAUACAUAUAUAAAAAUAUAUAUAUGUGUGUGUGUAUCUAUAU